UUCAAUAGAAAAAUGAGGACUUUUAUGUCGAUAUUUUUUCUUUGCUUUGCUAGCCAAAUUUUGUUGCAUUAUUUCCUGUCAUCAGCAAUUACUGUUGCUUUUGCUUUGAGUUCACAGACUGAUAAACUUGCUUUGCUUGCUUUGAAAGAAAAGCUUACAAAUGGUGUGUCUGAUUCUCUGCCAUCAUGGAAUGAGUCUCUACAUUUCUGUGAAUGGCAAGGGAUUACAUGUGGUCGUCGUCACAUGAGAGUCAUUUCUUUGCAUUUGGAGAAUCAAAUAUUGGGUGGUACUCUCGGACCAUCAUUGGGAAAUCUAACAUUUCUUAGAAAACUCUACCUUUCAAACGUCGACUUGCAUGGUGAAAUUCCAAAACAAGUUGGUCGUUUGAAGCGGCUGCAAAUUCUUCACUUAACCAACAACAGCAAACUUCAAGGAGAGAUUCCUAUGGAGCUCACUAAUUGCUCAAAUAUCAAAGUAAUUAAUCUGGGCUUCAAUCAACUCAUUGGAAGAAUUCCGACAAGGUUUGGGUCAAUGAUGCAACUCAUUCGAUUGAAACUCCGUGGCAAUAAUCUAGUUGGUACUAUCCCAUCCUCCCUAGGAAAUGUUUCAUCACUCCAAAAUAUAUCACUUACACAAAAUCACCUGGAAGGAAGCAUACCUGAUUCUUUGGGUAAGUUGUCAAGUUUGAAUUUAUUGUAUCUAGGUGGAAAUAAUUUGUCAGGUGAAAUUCCUCAUUCACUUUACAACCUAUCAAAUAUGAAAUCUUUUGAUCUUGGGGUAAACAACUUAUUCGGUAGUCUUCCAUCAAAUAUGAAUCUUGUUUUUCCCAAUCUUGUAGAAUUCUUGGUAGGAGUGAAUCAAAUGACCGGGAAUUUUCCGCCUUCAGUAUUCAACCUCACUGAAUUGCGAUGGUUUGAUUUAGGAGAUAAUUUUUUUAACGGGCCAAUACUUCUUACUUUGGGUAGAUUAAUUAAACUUGAAUUUUUUCAAAUCGCCAAAAAUAAUUUUGGGAGUGGAAAGGCUCAUGAUUUGGACUUUCUUUUCCCGCUAACCAACUGCACUGAAUUGACAGAGCUUGUUCUUCAUGAAAAUAGAUUUGGUGGGGAAUUGCCACAUUUUACAGGAAACUUUUCAACCCAUCUUAGUUGGCUUGAUAUGGGGAUGAAUCAAAUAUAUGGAGCCAUACCUAAAGGAAUUGGACAACUUACCGGUUUAACAUACUUAGACAUAGGAAACAAUUUCCUUGAGGGAACAAUACCAAAUUCAAUUGGAAAGUUAAAUAAUCUAGUGAAAUUGUUCUUGGGAGAAAACAAAUUAUAUGGUAAUAUUCCUAAUAGUAUUGGCAAUCUUACUAUGUUGUCUGAACUAUAUUUGAAUAGAAAUAAAUUUCAAGGAAGCAUUCCAUUUACCCUGAGAUAUUGUACCAACUUGCAGUCAUUAAACAUUUCUGAUAACAAAUUGAGUGGUCAUAUACCCAACCAAACAAUUAGCUAUCUAGAAAAUUUAGUAGACCUUGACUUGUCUAUAAACUCCCUGACUGGCCCCCUUCCUUUAGGGUUUGGUAACUUGAAGCAUAUUUCUAGUUUGUAUCUAAAUGAAAACAAGUUGUCUGGUGAAAUCCCAAAUGACCUAGGUGCUUGUUUUACAUUAACAAAGCUUGUGUUGAAGAACAACUUUUUCCAUGGAGGUAUACCUUCAUUCUUGGGUUCUUUAAGAUCUUUAGAAAUAUUAGACAUUUCUAAUAACAGUUUCUCAAGUACAAUACCCUUUGAACUAGAAAAUCUCACACUUUUAAAUACUUUGAACCUGUCUUUUAACAAUCUCUAUGGUGAUGUUCCCGUAGAAGGUGUCUUUAGCAAUGUUUCGGCAAUUUCAUUAACCGGAAACAAAAACCUUUGUGGAGGAAUACUUCAAUUGAAACUUCCUCCAUGUUCAAAGUUACCCGCCAAAAAACACAAAAGAUCACUCAAAAAGAAACUUAUCCUUGUCAGUGUAAUCGGCGUGGUUUUGAUCUCUUUCAUAGUUUUUAUAAUUUUCCAUUUUCUUCCAAGAAAGACCAAAAUGUUACCUUCUUCACCAUCUUUGCAAAAAGGGAAUUUGAUGAUUACUUAUAGAGAGCUACAUGAAGCAACCGAUGGCUUUUCUUCAUCCAAUUUGGUUGGAACAGGAAGUUUUGGUUCUGUUUACAAAGGAUCUCUUCUCAACUUUGAAAAACCCAUUGUUGUAAAGGUGUUGAAUCUUAAAACACGUGGAGCAGCAAAGAGUUUCAAAGCAGAAUGUGAAGCUCUAGGAAAGAUGAAGCACCGAAAUCUUGUCAAGAUCCUAACUUGUUGUUCAAGCAUUGAUUAUAAGGGUGAAGAGUUCAAGGCUAUUGUUUUUGAGUUCAUGCCUAAGGGAAGUCUAGAAAAGCUUCUGCAUGAUAACGAAGGGUCUGGAAAUCAUAAUCUCAGCCUCAGACACAGAGUUGACAUUGCUCUUGAUGUAGCUCAUGCACUCGAUUAUCUUCACAAUGGUACAGAGAAAUCCAUAGUUCACUGUGAUAUUAAGCCGAGCAACGUUCUUCUGGACGAUGACACUGUAGCCCACUUGGGAGACUUUGGCUUAGCUAGGCUCAUUCUUGGAACCAGAGACCAUUCAAGUAAAGAUCAAGUUAAUUCUUCCACAAUUAAGGGAACUAUAGGAUAUGUUCCUCCUGAAUAUGGAGCAGGUGUUCCAGUAUCUCCACAGGGAGAUGUUUACAGCUUUGGGAUUCUACUGUUAGAGAUGCUCACUGGAAAGAGACCAACAGAUAGCAUGUUUUGCGAGAAUCUUAGCCUUCACAAAUUCUGUAAGAUGAAAAUUCCCGUAGAAAUUCUUGAGAUAGUGGAUUCACAUUUGCUUAUGCCAUUUCUUAAAGAUCAGACACUAAUGAUGGAGUGUCUAGUGAUGUUUGCUAAAAUAGGAGUUGCAUGUUCCGAAGAAUUCCCUACUCAUCGAAUGUUGAUAAAAAAUGUUACAGUGAAGUUGCUGGAAAUUAAGCAGAAGUUGCUCUGCUAGGUACUACUACUACCUUGAGAUGAAAAUAAGUUGUUCGCUUGGAUGAUUGAAAAGUUUUAUAUUCCUCAUGUGUAACACACAGGGAGAAAAUUAGUUCAAUAUAUACCUGUCAUGAGAUUCAUGUUUGUUUUACAUAAAAUACUAUUAUUAUUUAUACAUACUAUGGUGGAGAUAAUAAUUUUCA